AUGGCUGUUGUCCGACAAAUCUUUUACCUGGCCAUCGGCUAUCUGGUUCUCAUGGGGCCACUAAUUAAAGCUUCUCCCAUCAAAAGGUCGUCGCCAGUGCUGCCAUCGCCUUUUAUUCUCAACUUUCCAGUGGGCGCAAAAGGACCAAAGGCGCCGGUGGUGUUUCCCCUGUCCAACGGCUUCCCUAAUAUCGCCAACGGCACUACUGCAUUCCAAGAUUUGACCGUGCAAGCCCACGGCUCAGUAUCAAAUGCACCUCCCCCACCUUCUUUGGAGCCCGACGACCUUCUCAGUCUGAAGGUCAUCCAGAUCCAGGAACUGUUCGAAGUCUACUUCUUCACUCAGCUCCUCCUCAACAUUACGAACGGCGUUUCUGGCUUCGAAUUCAGUGACCAUAAAUUGAAGCGCGACAUUAUCCGAAAGCUCACGGUCGUCCAAGGGCAGGAGCAGUGGCAUGCUCUCAAUGCCGGCGGCGUCCUCGAACACUUCAAUGUGCCUCAAAUCCAACCCUGUGUUUUCAAAACCCCCGUCACGAACUUCGCCGGGGCAAUCGAGCUCGCCGCUAACUUCACCGCAGUGGUGCUCGGCACGGUGCAAGAUGUUAUGGUCCGACUCGGGCAAAACGGUGAUUCGGCCGUCAUCCGCGGCGUGGCCUCCGUGGUCGGCCAGGAAGGCGAGCAACAAGGCUUCUAUCGUACUUUAAUCAACGACCUCGUCCCAUCCGAGUCGCCGUUCUUGACCCAAUCGACCCGGGAGUUUGCGUACUCGGCACUUCAACAAAACUUCAUCGUGGCAGGAAGCUGCCCUAACGCCAACACCAUUGACGUCCCCAUCUUCGGCGCGUUGAAUGUCCUGACUGAAAACAUCCAACCUGUCGAUCAGACGCUCACCUUUAGCAUAGAGAGCGGCUCCACGGCGGGUCUUAGUUUGGUCUACAUCAACCAGCAGAACCUCCCACUCGUAGAACCAAUCAACUCCACGGGUACAAAGAACGGCGUGACGACUUUCACUGCCAAUUUCCCUUUCAACGCGAAGUCCUUGGACGGUCUUACGAUCGCGGCUGUGGUCAAUUCGACGGGACCCUUUGGAGAUGCCAACGACGUCGCCGGCCAUACUGUGUUUGGCCCUGGCUUGAUCUACCCAGGAGGGCGGGACGACAAGCCUCCUCGGUUGUCUUUUCAAGGCGUGUCAGAUUCAACUGUCGUUGGCACUACAUCAGGGGCCGCACCCCUUUGGCGCCCAACAUGUCGAUACGCAUUGUAUGCCAGUGUAAUGCUUUUGUUGAUCACCUUAAUGUAG